AUGCGCUGCCAGGAUGCUCCGAGGGAUUUUGAUUUGGGUCAGCCGCUUGUGGUGCUGGAGCUGGGCAACCUCCAGCGUGAGCUUGCGGCCUCGCCUGCUGCGGGUCACCUGAAGGUGGCCACCCGCAGGGGCGCGCGGGAUGCCUCGCGCGUCACAGCCUACGCUGGAGAGGUGCUGUUCUUGCGGGCCGUGUUCUACUGCUCCGAGGCCUGCCAGUACCAGGACUGGCGGCAGCACCGCAAGGUUUGCUCGCGGAGAGGGCCCGGGCAGCCGUCGUACGCCACGUCGGUGGACGGAGGCAGCGCUUCCGCCACUGCGUCGCAGGCCAGCUCCCCGCGCAGGGGAGGCCCGGUCAGCCGCGCGGGGGGCGGCGUCGGCUCCCCGCGCACGGCCGCGCUGGAGAGUGUCGCUCUCCUGGGCGUGGCCCAGUCGGACGAGCUCGCGCUGGCAAGUGCCAGCGGCGCGGGCCCGAGGAGUGUGGCCGAACUCGCCUUGGCCCCUGCUGGUGGGUCGACCCCGAGGAACAUGGCGCAGGCCGUGGAGAUCCGCAGCCGCCGCCUGCAGCUCCGCACGGUGGCGGUGCAGGCGGCGCGGCAGCAGCGACACCGCGACGCGCUGGAGGCCGCGAUGGAGGCGUACCAGGUGGCGCAGGGCGCGCGGGGCAGCGCCGUGGACGGCGACGCAGAGGCGGAGGCCGCGACGCUCGUGGAGGUGCUGCUGGUCGCGCGCCACGCCCUCAUGACGGGCGACGCCGCCCUCGGGCUCAGCUUCCUGGAGAUCCUCACCGACAUGACGGACCGCCUCUCCGGCGUCCGCGGCGGCCCUGGGGCCCUGCUGCAGCCCUGGGCCGCGGCCGCGCUGCUCUGCAGCGCCUCCGAGCUCUGCCAGCUGUACGGCCACGGGCAGCGCGCCGAGGACUACGCGCGGGCUUAUCUCGCAAUGGUGCGCCGAGCACAUGGGGAAGGCUCCCCGGCGCUGGGCGACGCCUACGGCUUCUCCGCGGCCCUGCUCGCGGCCCGCGGCAAGCACGAGGAAACUCCAGCUAAAGCUCAACCGGUGAUUUUGAGACAGACAGCG